ACCAUGUUUUCGGUGUCUUUCUCCCCACUUGAGAGAGAGAUGGACAUUUCUUCCAAAAUGUGAGGGUUUUUUUUGGUGGGAUCUAAAAGAGAAUUGCAUCCAUGCCUAUUCAGAGACUGUACUGAAUACAGUGUGGCUUAUACUCAGAUAAAUUGAAAUGAUUAAAUUUAUGGUUAAAUGGUUAAAACCCCUGGACUUCUAAAUUCGCCAUGAAUUCGAUUGUACGUCUAGUCCAUACUCAAGAGCAGCAACGAACCCAGGCUGCAGGAUGAAAUGUUCUCCAAACUCCAAAAAGUGCAGACGGAAAAGAGAGAAGUGUCUACUAAUCGAUGUCGACUACAAUUCCCAGCAAGCCCCGGAGGAGGGAGUUUUUCGGCUGUGUGUGGAGGCGGGUUUGGAGGCGGGUUUGAUUGCUUCGCUUAUGUUGGUGCUUCAUGGCCGCUGGAGGUUUCUUUGCAGCGGCCAAUUGGUGGGAUUCCUGAGUUCCUUUGCCCUGGGCUUUUUUUCGGCAGGAGCGUGCCCUCAGCGACUUACAAUGGCUGGAGCUUCGGCACCCUUGAAAGUGUGCAUCGUGGGGUCGGGAAACUGGGGGUCUGCUGUGGCUAAAAUAAUAGGCAACAAUGUAAAAACAAUGCAGAAGUUUGCUUCUACGGUGAAAAUGUGGGUUUUUGAAGAAACUAUUAAUGGGAGGAAACUUACAGAUAUCAUAAAUAAUGACCAUGAGAAUGUGAAAUAUCUUCCUGGAUAUAAACUACCAGAAAAUGUGGUUGCAGUUCCAAAUCUGACUGAAGCUGUGAAAGAUGCAGACUUGUUGGUUUUUGUCAUUCCCCACCAGUUCAUUUAUAAAAUCUGUGAUGCAAUUACUGGGCAUUUAACAAAGCAAGCUGUUGGUAUAACUCUUAUUAAGGGUAUUGAUGAAGGCCCUGAAGGACUCAGACUCAUCUCUGAUGUAAUUCGGGCAAAAAUGGGGAUAGAUAUCAGUGUGUUGAUGGGAGCAAACAUUGCCAAUGAAGUAGCUGCAGAGAAAUUCUGUGAAACCACAAUAGGGUGCAAAAUCUUGGAAAAUGGCCUCCUUUUCAAAGAACUUCUACAAACUCCAAACUUCAGAAUAACUGUUGUGGAUGAUGCUGAUACAGUUGAGAUUUGUGGUGCUCUUAAGAACAUAGUGGCAGUAGGAGCUGGCUUCUGUGACGGUCUUUGCUGUGGAGAUAAUACCAAAGCAGCUGUCAUUAGACUUGGAUUAAUGGAAAUGAUUGCUUUUGCCAAAAUCUUCUGCAAGGGGCAGGUCUCAAUUGCUACUUUCCUGGAGAGCUGUGGGGUUGCAGAUUUAAUCACAACUUGUUACGGUGGCCGAAAUCGAAGAGUGGCUGAAGCAUUUGUUAAAACAGGAAAGAGUAUUGAAGAACUGGAGCAAGAGAUGCUGAAUGGGCAGAAACUUCAAGGACCACAGACUUCUGCAGAAGUGUAUCGCAUUCUUCAGCAGAAAGGUUUGGUGGAAAAGUUUCCACUAUUUACUGCUGUUUAUAAAAUCUGCUAUGAAGGAAAGCCUGUCCAAGAAAUGAUCUCCUGCCUCCAAAGCCAUCCAGAGCAUAUAUAAAGCACACUUUACCAUUGUCACAUUUCCUGCCUUUUCAUACUCAUUCAUGAGUUCAAAUUAAUGUCAUUGGCUUGUCUAUCCAUGAAGAAAUUGCAGAAAUAUGUGUUUCUAUGGAUUUAUCUAAAUUAUGUAUUAUACAACUCCUAGAAUACUAGCUGUUAUUUUUAGUGGCUAAGAUUUAGUUGGCUUUCAAAUAUACUGUACAGAACUAGCACACUCCUCAAAUUUCCUAAUCCUCUUGUCCUAUCUGAAAUGCUUGAUGUUCUUUUAAGCAUAAUUCUAAUGCUUCCUUAUCAAGCAGGGAUUCAUCUAGACUUCCCAAUGAUUCAAAGAGAAGAUGCAGUUAGGGCAGAAAUAAGAUACUACAGUACUCCAAAAGUUUAUUGGACUAAAGAUCCUAUCAGUGCCAGAUUUAAUAGCAUUAAUAGCAUCAAGGAGAGCUUUAAUUGUCAAUUUUUGUAGACCUAUAAACUGAGCACAUCAUAUCAAUAUCACCUAGAAACUGCUUGCUAAAGUAUAGUAAGCUGCAAGAACACGCAUUCAGAUUUUUUCAGUCAGAUUUGCACAUCUUGUAUGGCAUAGAUUGCCAUUUAAUGAGAAUGGUAUCAUUUAAUUAGUGGGAAGUGGCAUUAAAAUUUUUAAAAUUUAGAUUUUAAAAAUAAUUUAUUCUUAAAAGUAAUUUUAAAAAAUGAAGAUUUUUCAAAUGUGCUUUUAAAGUGAUUGUGGCCUCUUUUUUAAAAAAAAAAAAUACUGGCUUGCCAAUCCAGUAAGUGUAUGAAAGUACAGUUCCUAAAGACUCCCGUUCUAUCAGGAUGUGAUGGGAAUUGUACUCCUAAGGGUAAGAUUGCUGUUUAAAGCAAAAAUUUGCCCUCCAAUAUUUAUCCCUUCUCUAAUUCAGCUUUCUCCAUUUUCUCGACCUAAGCUAAGAAUUUAAGGUACCAAAUCAAAACCUUUUUGAUCUAGCUGUGAUGCUUAACAUCACACAUUUUUAAACAAUGCAUAAUCCUGUGGAUUUAUAUACGCAGCUCCAAAGCUGCUCUUAUCCUAGCUGAAUAUUAUUAAGGUGAUGAUAUAGGCCUAUACAUAAAGGUGAAGAAUAGCUGUGUGAAAGUUUUUACAUAGUGUUUCAAGACUGCAACCCAUUAUCAUUCAGGUUGGCCUGCUGCCCAGUUCUUUCAGGUGGCAUUUAACAAAUAACCUGCUGUCGUGCUUUGAUGUGUCAAAACUGUGAAGGUCAAUUGAGGUUGGUAUAGAAUCUUUAUUUCCUCAGCAUAUUGUUUGUCCAUUUGUGGGAUUAAAUUAGAAAGAGCCAAAGAGUUCUUUUUUCCAGCAAGGUUCUGAUAUGGGAGUGUACAGCUUUUUUACUGAACUAACAAUGGCAUGUGUGCUUUUUGUUUACACUAUCCAGCAGUCCAGUGCUUGAGACACAGAAUUGACAUACACCAGCCUUUAACCACCUGGAGAGUGACAGACUAUUAAAAAUCUGAAAAGCGUGGCCUCCACACAUUUGAAUUCUACCCACUAGGGAAGGCUAGUGCAGAUAAUUUAAGAGGAGUUGUUCUGGUUAUAUCCAAAGUGAAUAUACUUGUGGUUCCCAUUAUUUCGCAAUUGCCCAUUACUACAAAACAUUACUAUUUUAGCCGUUUUUAUUUUGGUGCCUUUUUUUUUUUGGUUUCUGUUUCAAUUGUUAUUUGAGUUGCCUUUGGAAAUCCAUUUAGCAGGACCCAAUUGUUAGGUAUGACUGUUUAGAAUGGGAAUAAGAUGUUUUUUGGGGGGAAAAAGACAAAAAUCAUGUUGGUUAAAUAGGUAAUAGUCUGAUUAACAAACUAUGUAAAGCUAUCCUUUCAAUUGCUGCCUUCAUAUCUGUGGAAUUACUGCAUCUGUCAUAUGUGACCAACAUAGGUCAGUACUUCUGGGAGGCAUUUGAUUGGGGAAAGCUGACCUAACAUAUAUGAAAUUAAUCAUGUGUGAAUACUAGUCUUCUUGAUUAUUAUUAAGCUAAAAUUAAUACCUUGUCUUAGAAUAAUGGAAUGAUAGGGUGGAAGGCAGUAGUAGGUUCCACUUACCUUUGCUAUCGGUUCGGAACUCUGAGCGCAUACGCACACACUUCACUCACACAUGGCGUUUCUCUGUGUGAUGAUGUCCAGGCGGGUGGGCGGAGCCUCCUGCCACCGCCACUACUGGUCCGCCUGAACUGGUGGUAUCCCACUACUGGUGGAAGGGAUCUUGGAGGUCUUCUAGUCCAGCCUCCUGCCUUAGACAGGACUCCUUAUGCCAUCCCAGACAAAUGGUUGUCCACUUUUUUAAAAAAAUCUCCAGCAAUGGAGCACUCACAACUCCAGGAGGCAAGCUAUUCCAUUGAUUAAUCAUUUUCACUGUCAGGAAAUUCCUUAUUUACAGAUUGGAACUUCCUCUGAAGAGCUCCUACCCAUUGCUUUUUGCUCUGCUCCCAGGUGUUAUGAAGAAUAAAUUGAAACCCUCUUUCCCAUGACAAUUCUUGAAGUAUUGGAAGAUUGCUAUCAUGUGUCCCCUGAGCUUUCUCUUCAUUAGGCUAAACAUGCCUAGCUGCCUUAACCAUUCAUCACAAUUUAGCUUCCAAACCCCUUAUCAUCUUUGUUGCUCUUCUCUACGCUCUUUCUGUCUAUUCUUCAAAAAGCAGAAUGGCAGCGUGGUUCCCCUACAGUUUAUCCGUAUAACAACCUUAGGCUGAGGACAAUGACCACUGAAGGUUAUUCAGUUUGCUUAUAGGCUGAUUGGCAGGAUUUGAAUCAAACUCCACUUACAGCUUGAAAUGUUCAUUGUUAUACUAAUUUGGACUACAUCUAUUUUACAUAUACUCCCUGGCCUCAGAGCACUAAUUUAGGAUGGUUUAUUCUCCUGUUGAGCUCGUUCAUUUCCUCAGUCACUUUUAUUAUGAAUUAUCUGUUUUAAGUGGCCUGAAUAAGGUUAUUGCAUGAUUUUUGAGAUAGAAGAGGCUGACUCAAGCACAAUCAUUUCACAGUUGGGAUCACAUUAAAAAUUAGGAAAUCAAGAUUUUUUAAAAAAUUUCUACGCCAUUGUUUUUCUUCCCUUACAGAAAAUGUUAGAAAAUUAUUCUGAGAUACAAGUCUCUGAGUUUUCCAUGGGUGGCAGUCACAAUUGACUAUAUAUGGCAAGCAUUAUUCUUGUUUCCUUUUCCUCCUCUGAAUUUUUUCUGUAGCACAUGGAGUCUAGAAUGGUAAUUUGGUAUAAGAUUGGAGAACCCAGGACCCUGCAAAUGUUGCAAGAUCCUGCUUCCCAUUAGCUCCAGUCAGGUGGUCAGUGAUCAGAAGAUGUCGGAGCGGUAUUCCAGCAACGUCUGAAGGGACACUGAAUUCCCACUCUUAAUGUAAAAGGAAAGUAGCUCCUUCUUGAAAAACUCCAAAAAAUGCUCCGAACUUGACCCAAAUCUUUCUCAACUUGGAUGCUUCCAGAUGUGUUGAAAGGAGAUGUAGUCCCAACACAUCUGGAAAGCUGUCAGUUGGGUGUAGCAGGUCUACCCCAAUGAAAAUCUGGUAUAUUUGGCUUUAAGCAGUUAAAGCAAUUUUUCUGCUGAUGAUGACUUAGAAUGACUUGAAUACAACACAGUAAUGAAAAAAUGUUUAUACAUUUGGAAAGGCACAAUUGAGAAAACACAUAUUUCUCUUCAAAGCCUCCUAGGCCUAAUAUGAAGUGACUGCUUUUCUUUUAAUAUUGAAUCUAAACUAAUAUUUCUGCCUUUUCUAACAUUCAAUAUGUAUAGCCAUUUUGUAUAUGUGUUUGUAAUAUGCAAAGGGUUCUGUAAACUGAAUGUGAUGAGUUAUGCAUAUUGUCAAAUUGUUUAAAACUAUUUACUCCUAUUUUACUCCUUUUUCCCCCACUUGAUUUUUAAAAUCAGAUGGAAGAGUUAGUAAAAAAUUUAUCUAUGUCACUCAUUGUUAUUGUUUUCAAUAAAACAUAAUAUUUUGUGUUUCUUACUUGUA